CCAAAACCCCUUGUUGCUUCUUUCCUCGCGACCAAUGAAAAGCUUUUCGAAUCAAGCCCUCUGCCUCGCAGCGUUGGCUCUGCAUGAACUUCUCACCAACAGAAACUUGAGGUUCUUGAAACACAAGCUGCAUACUCCUAGUAUCCCCCGCAAUCUACGCGCCGGCCUCCAACAGCAUAUCCAAAUUUAGGCGCUCUCCAGCUUCUUGGUGCCAAUGGAAAGUGUUUGAAUGUCUGCCUAAAUGCAAAGCUCCAGAAAUGGAAGCACUGAGUGGCAACAGCAUGAUACCCCAAAUAUAUCCAGUUUCUCUUCUCCAAUGAAAGGUUGUUCAGAUCCUGUGUGAUGCACAUGCUGAAACAACUGAAGGGCCAUUCAGUGGACAAGAAUAGCCGCCCCCUGGUGCCGUCUGCUGUCAAAUGGGGGAUAAAAAGCACCAACUUUUCUCUACAAUCCUUUUUUCUUUCCCCAACAUCAUGACCAACAAUCUGUUUGUUCCAUCAACAAUCUUUUGAAGUAACAUAACGUUUCUGCUCCUCUUCCCCCAACCAAACCUAACACGCCUUCAAAACGAUGUUUACCCCUACCAAGGCCUUGCAAAUGGUGUACAAAGGGAUCUCCCUCGAGACACUCGGCUUAGAGGCAGGACCCGAGUUCAUGAAGACGGUCAACAUUGCGAGUGGGAGCAUUGAAAAGAAGUAUCCUCGAGUUGCUUAUGCGCAGAUCCAGGGCACAACGCCGCAUACAUCGAGCAGAGACAAGUCUGAUAAACAGAAAGUCGUCACUGUCGGAUACCACACCAGUUCUGGCACAAGGCUCCUCUCGAUUCAUGCCCAUAACGACAGAACCUGGAAAGAGUUCUUCUCCCGACAUGGAAAAACGGAAGCCGCAAUCUCGGCAAGCUUGCAGAAGUCAUCGGACGCGGAGGCAUCCAAUGCAGAAGAGCCGAAGAAAUAAACUGCGGACCAGCACACAUUGGUUAAAUGGGGAUCCUUAUCCAGCCAACUAUGCAUUCAAUAUGACCUGCUGUUAGUUGUUUACUUUUCCUUCCUUCACGAGUCUAGGCCUUUGUGUGCUUGCAUUGUAUUGAUGUGGUUUGCUGGUUUCAAGUGCUUCUUUCCAUCUCCCUAGUUUCAUUAUCAGGCUUGUUUAUAAUCUCCACAUUAUAUAGGGAGCAUGUGCAUCUCAGUAGGGUAUCCUAGGCUUGACUGAAACUCGAUUUAACUCCCAUGUUCAGCACUAUCACUUGGUUAGCUUUUGAAUGCGAAUGUCUAUCAUUCUCA